AUGCAUAGUUCCUUAUUUCUGGUUGCCCUUCCCUCGCUAUCGUUACGGUAAUUGAGAGCGUCGCAAACCCAGAAAACAGGCAACCAUUGCUAGGAAGCUAGUUUCGCCAAGUGCGUGUACCUAAACAGAAGUAGCAUGAUAUGUUGUUACAACAUAGCUACGACGUGGUGUUUUCAAUAAUAAUAUAACUCAAAAUACUUAAGGUUAGCGUUCGAAGGCUAUUAUCGGUUCGAAGAACAUGGUAGCACCUAAGCUAAUGUAGCAAUAGCCCGCUUGUAGGUCAACAUUGCACUUGGUGUAAAGAUGGGGGAAUCCUUAUCAGGGGUUAAUGUAGUGCUGGUGAUGGCGUACGGCAGCUUGGUGUUCGUCCUGCUGUUCAUCUUCGUUAAAAGGCAAAUUAUGCGUUUUGCAAUGAGAUCCCGCCGCGGCCCGCACGCACCGAUUGGCCACAAUGCGCCAAAGGGUUUGCGUGAGGGGAUCGACUCCAGCUUGUCCAAAGUUCAUGAGAUACGGUUUGAACCUCGCCUCCUUUUAGAAGAAGACGCUAGGCUGAGGCAUGGAUCACAAAUGAGUUGCUAUAACUACCUAUAUCGAAUGAAAGCCCUGGAUGCCAUUCGUGACUCAGGAAUUCCACUGCAGGACAUAUGCAGCACUCCCACUGCCUUCACGGGGAGGAACUUCCGGAAUUGGCUGCUGGAGCUUCGUAAUUCGCAUUCUCUGAUCAAGAGCAGCCGGAGUGCACUGAUAGAACGGCUCCUGGAGGGCUACGACACUGCCCGCCAUGGCACCGGGGUGUUUGGAGAAGCGGAAUUUCUUGAAUACCAGCAGGCGCUUAAUGAAUUAGCUGAUGUUGUGAAGGCCUACUCCAGCAGCACCAGCCUGGACCAGCACCACCAGUCAGCAGCCAAAGACCUGACAGGCUCCCCGGCCCGAAACACCCCUUCCACCAUCCAGGUCACCUACCUGCCCUCUGCCGGGCCACGCAGCAAGAGACCCAAACACUUCCUGGAGCUGAAGAGUUUCAAGGACAACUACAACACGCUGGAGAGCACUUUGUGAUGCACGUUUUCUUGACUUUUACAAUGCAACAAUGCUAGGUGAGUGCUUGUGGACAAUAAUUGUUGCUAAGUUGUCCCGGGGGACACAUUUUCAGAACACCAAGGAAGAGCCGGACUUCUUUCACUGUUCUCAUUUUGUAUAUUAUGUCAAUAUGUACAUAAAAAUGAAA